AUGUGUUUCCCUAUCCUAGCAGUGGCGGAGUACAGCUAUGCCGAGUACUUUGAUGGUUCUAUGGUGCCCGUGUGUCUCACUCAGGCUGAUACGUUCUGGGCAGCUUUCUUCUUCUUGUCCACCAUCUCCUUGUUCUUCGGCCUUCCUCUCGCCAUCCUCAUCAUCCUCUACUCCGUGAUCGCCUGUCACCUGAUGGCCAACCCAGGUAUUGUCGCCCCCUCGGCUCACAGCGCACUCCGCUAUCGCCGUCAGGUCGUCAUGAUGCUGGGGACCGUAGUAGUCUCCUUCUUCCUCUGUCUUCUUCCCUUCCGCGCCUUCACUCUCUGGAUCAUCCUGGAGCCACCGGAGGUCGUGUCUUCCCUCGGAGUCGACAAGUACUACAACAUUCUCUACUUUUCCAGGAUCAUGUUGUAUCUAAACUCAGCUGUAAAUCCCAUCCUGUAUAACCUCAUGUCGUCCAAGUUCCGAGACGGGUUCCGGAGACUCCUCGGUUUCAAGCCGAUCAAGCGGGAUCCGCUGAACAGGAAGGGGACGAUCACGACGACCACCACGACCACGGUGACCAACAGCUCUCAGAAGAAGAUGUCUGCAGACGCGCGGUCGCUGAAGCGCAGUGUGGUCAGAGUGCUGAGCCGAGAAGAUCGUAAACGGUCCAUCGACCUUGGAUUCACGACCAAGAUAAAGAGGCUAGGACAGACCAAGGGUUACAUCAAGUCCGAUGAGAGCUUUGUGUAG